GCUCGUCUGUGUUUUCUGUUCUGUCUGAACGUUUCAUUUAUCAUCAGUUUCACAAAUCUCUCGGCAUUAAACCUUUCUUUAUUUGUGAAUGAUGAGAAGCCAACGAGAUCAAGACUCCAGAGCCUUCUACGAUCUCUCAGCUCUUGUCCUGAGCCUCCUCCGUUCUCCUCCGAUGCCGAUUUCUCUCCCCGAUCACUUCCCUGAUUCGCCGAUGAUGAUGAGAAGUCGGUCUCCUUCGAUGGCUCAAAUAUCUCCGUCGGGAUUCGCGUCUUUGCUUCUUGGUAUAUCGGUGGCUCUUAUGCUUUGUGGAUCUGUGACUUUCUUCAUCGGCUUCCUCUUGUUGCCUUGGGUUCUGGCUCUCAUCGUGGUUCUUUAUGUCGCUGGGAUCGUGUCAGCCAUUUCCAUGGCGGGGAGAGCGAUCCUCUCUUACGUCUUGACGCCUCCACCGUAUUUUUCAUCAAGGAAGGACAUUUCUGAAUGGAAGCUGUUGUGAAGUGAAGAAUAACUCUUAAGGAGUUCUAAUAUAAUCCGGAAGCAGAGCGAGAAGAGGAUAAAUUAAGAAGAUGGAUUGAUUAUAUAACAACGCAAAUCCAGAUUAGAGAUUUUCUAUAUAUGUUCUUUUUAUCUGUAUUUUGGGGGGGAACAUUAUGUGGAUAUUUGGGAGUUUUUAUUAAUUUUUUUUACUUUUCAAAAAAAUGAAUUAUCUAUUUUACUGUUAGACAAAUGGAGAAAAGCCUUCUAGAUGAGCUUUUUCUUCCAUGGAUGGUUUUUAUUAUCAUGUAACAUGAUUUCUUUAUAAAAAGCAUAAAAAGAUUAUAGGAUUUCGA